AUGGAAAGGCUCCUGCAGACUUUCAAUACCACGAUCACGGCAUCGCACAAAGACAGGAAGAACCACGGUGGACGUCGUGAUAGAGUUGGUGCAGAUCUGGUUCUGGCAAUCAACGACGUCGGAGGCAAGAACAAGAGCCCGACACCCAAUGGAAAGAGAAUGGAUCUGGUCCUCGCUGUCGAAGAUGCGAACGACAAGAAAUGCGAAUGGAUCUUAGACAGUGGAUCAAGUCGACACCUCGUGAACGACGAAAUUCUGUUAGAGGAUGCACGGGACUGCAGCCACGAAUGCAACAUGGCGGAUGGAGAGACAUUGUCGCUUUCAAAAGUUGGAAGCGUCCGACUAUGUGUAAUGGAAGGUGGAAAGGAGCGCACGGUCAAGCUCACCGACGUUUACCUUGCGACUCAACUCGAGCGCAACAUUGUGUCGUACGGCAAACUCGAACUUGAGGGGUUCGGCCUGGUGUACGACGGUGCGACGCGCGCACUCGUCAAACGCAGCAACAGGGGAAGUGGCCUUCGACUUGACAAUGCUGAACAAUGUACUCUACGCACAGACAGUGUUUUAUCCUGCGUUAUAAGCACGCCAGCUGACGUUCUUAUGGCGAUCUUGUUCGAUGAAGCUAUGGCGGACUCAACGUCAGACACGCAAAGUGGGACUCUCACGCAAUUUCACCAGCGGCUCGGACAUCUGUCGUAUGACACGGUGGAGCGAAUGGCGAAGGAUCCCGCGUCAGGAAUCAAACAUACGGACCGACGCAGACUCAAAUGUCUGUCGUGUGCCGAAGGAAAGCAGACAAAGAAUGCUCAAUCGCGCAAAGAUACUAGCAUGAACUCGCCAAUCGAUUGGUUUGGGGGGGGGCAUCUGCUCGGACCUGAAGGUACCCGUGACGCCAAAGGACCGCCAAGAUACCGAUACCUUGUGAACUUUGUAGACCACAAGUCCAACUACUGCCGCGUGUAUCUGGAUCCGACAAAGGACCGCGCAGAGAAGAAGUUUGAGCAUUUUCUAGUGUUUUUCGAAGGGCGAUUCAAUUGUCGAAUUCACGUACUACGAACGGACAGCGGCGGCGAGUAUUAG